AUGCAGCUCGACGUCGACCCCCGCAUGGCCGGGCACUUCGUCAAGACCGACACGGAGGUCGGCCUCACCGACGCGAGCGUCGGCCAGGCCCAGGCGAUUCUGGCGGCGCUGCCGGACCACGAAACGGCCCUGCGCCGCGCGCAAUACGCGCUGGCCGAUCCCGAGAUUAAAGAUGAGGAAAUUGCAAUCUUAACCAUCCAACGCGAUCAGCUUCAGGCAAAAGCGAAUGCGCUCGAAGCGUCUUUGAAAGCCCAACAAGCGGAACUUGAAAGUCUCGCGACGACCCGGCAAAAGAUGGAGCGUGAACUGAAAGAUCGUAGGGCGAAGAUGGAGGAUAUGGAGUAUCGGCUCGCCCUGGCUGAGUUUUCGAAGAAAAAUAACCUUCUUAGCGAAGCGCUGGCAUUUGCCGCCACCACAUCUGGCAAAGAACGCAAAGAGGUGGAUGCUAGGAUUAAAUCGUUGGUUACUCUUUUACGUUCAAAGAAGGAGGUCGAAAAGACUAUAAAAUCUGAGAAUCGAAAGACCAGGAAAAUAUCUGUAGAAGCUACUUGA